AUGAACGCCAGCGUGCCCAAUCACAUUGGUCCAGGUUUUUAUAUAAGGAGAAAUGAUGUUGACUCUGGAGAGCUUCGAGAAGAUAUUCUGGAAAUCAAUCUUGAAUCAGAAAGAGCUUUGUUUGAAGGGGAUAUUGCAGGCGAUCCAAAAAGAAAUGCACUUCUGGAUGAGGCAUCAAGGUGGAAGUUUCCGAUUCCCUACAUUUUAACAGACUCUUUGGAUUUGAAUGCAAAAGGUGUGAUUCUUCAAGCAUUUGAGACGUAUCGUCUGAAGUCCUGUGUGGACUUCAAGCCCUACAAUGGAGAGGAGACCUACCUUUCCUUCACCAAGCUGGAUGGAUGUUGGUCAUCUGUGGGGGACUUGCAUGAGGGCCAGAAUGUCUCAAUUGGUGACAGAUGUGACACCAGAGCUAUUGUUGAACAUGAGCUUCUUCAUGCCCUGGGGUUUUACCAUGAACAGUCAAGGUCUGAUCGGGAUGACUACGUGAAGAUCUGGUGGGACCAAAUCAUACCUGGGAAGCAACACAACUUUGACAAGUAUGCAGAUGACGUCAUCACUGACCUGAACACGCCAUAUGAUUAUGAGUCAAUAAUGCAUUACAGGCCGCUCUCCUUCAACAAGAAUGCCACUGUGCCUACCAUCACUACGAACAUCCCAGCAUUCGAUGACAUAAUUGGACAGCGCCUAGACUUCAGUGCCAUCGACCUGGUCAAACUGAAUCGCAUGUACAACUGCACGGAUACACAUACCUUGCUGGAUCAGUGUUCGUUUGAACUGAUAAACAUCUGUGGCAUGAUCCAGAAUGAGCAAGAUGAUGCAGACUGGGUUCAAACUCUAAGCAGCCCUGGGACAGAAGACCAAACCCUUGUGGGUCAGUGUAAAGACGCUGGCUAUUUCAUGUACUUCAACACCUCUGCAGCAGAAGUGGGAAAGAGUGCUAUGUUGGAAUCUCGUAUCCUCUACCCCAAAAGGAACCAACAGUGCCUUCAGUUCUUUUACAAGAUGACAGGAACCACUACUGAUAAUCUGGUCAUCUGGAUGAAAACAGAUGACGGGACUGGAAAUGUCCGUAAAAUGAAGAAAGUCUACACCAUUCAAGGCGAUAACAGUGACACAUGGAAAAUCGCUCAUGUGACCGUGAAUGGAAAAGACAAAUUCCGCUACAUCUUUCAGGGCAUAGUGGGAUCAAACAAGAUGGAUGGUGGAAUUUACAUUGAUGACAUCUCCCUCACUGAAACCCCGUGUCCCAGUACCAUCUGGCAGCUAAGCAACUUCACAUACAUCCUCCAAACCAGUCCUACUGGACACAACAUCACAAGUGAACGGUUUUAUAGCCCAGAGGGCUAUGCCUAUGGCGUUCGUAUCUACCCUAAUGGCACGGACAGCUCCACGCAGGGCUACCUAGGUGUAUACUUCCAUCUUUGCAGUGGGGAAAAUGAUGGGGUGCUGGAGUGGCCUGUGCAGAACAGGCAGAUCACCAUCACUGCUAUGGACCAAGAUCCUGAUGUGAAACUGAGAAUGUCUUCCAGCAGGAGUUUCACAAGCGAUAACACGUGGGUCAAACCAAUCACUAACGGAGAGUGGGAUGACUCCUGUGAGUGCUUUAGAAGUCAGGAAUUUGGAUGGAGCACCUUCAUCUCACAUCAGCAACUACUGAGGAGAAGUUUCCUUAAAAACAACAACCUUAUACUAUCCAUUGACUUUAAUGAUUUGACAAACUUGAUUAGGUCUGAAGUCCAGGUCAGGCUGAAAUCUACUGAGACAGUCAAGGAGAUCCACGAAGGACCCAGCAUAUCUGACAGAAGUUUUGCUGAAACGUCCAAACUCCGUGUGGCCAGGUCGGCUUUGGGCAGCCCUUGUCAGCCUAAUCCCUGUCGCAAUGGAGGAGCUUGUCUAGACAGACACGGGAAAGCAAUCUGCAGGUGUGCAACAGGAAAGGCCAUUUUCUACACUGGCGAUAGCUGUGAGACACAGCAGAUAAGUGGAGGUCUGGCGGGCGUUCUGAUUGGUGGAGUGACAGGAGCUCUUCUUUUUGCUGGUAUUGUAACAGUAAUUAGGAGACGCCAAGCACAUAAACCAGGACUCUAA